UGUGCAGGAGUGUGGUUGGGGGGAAACAGCGCCCCCUGCAGCGCCCCCUUUGAAGUGGGCCGGAGGUUUUGUUGGGACAAACAGGCGGAGAAACGCUCGUUGCAGCGCUCUGCAGAGAACCACUCCGGUCCUCCUUAAAUGUUUGUGACAAACAUGGCGUGUGUCGAGUCCUGCCCCUCCCUGAAUGAGCACUGACUCGACGCUAUCCGCCUCUCCGUGUGCCGUGGAGGGAGCUCCGCUGUGAAAAGUACACAGAGAUUUUUUUUUUCUCCAACUCUAGAUCAGGACCGAAAGUCCAAUGGUCAACACCGCCUGCCUGGCCUUUGCGUGUUUGCGUCGCGACUCCUGCACACGGCACCCAGACUUGCAUGAGGGCUUGAAGGCUGACCCGGGUUUGAAGCAAUCGAGCGAGUCCGUGCAGAAAAGUUAGGCCCGGGGUAUCGCAGUCAUGUCUGGACCACACAGAUUUGUGAGCCCGUUUCACAGACCCCAGUGUUUGGCCGCUGCAGCUCCGGCGGGGAAAGCCAAACUCACGCACCCCGGCAAGGCCAUCCUGGCAGGUGGGAUCGCAGGAGGCAUAGAGAUCUGCAUCACCUUCCCCACAGAGUACGUUAAAACGCAGCUGCAGCUAGACGAGAAGGCAAAUCCUCCCAAAUACAAAGGCAUCGUUGACUGUGUGAAGCAGACAGUGAACAGUCAUGGGGUGAGGGGUCUUUACAGAGGUCUAAGCUCACUGCUGUAUGGAUCGAUACCUAAAGCAGCUGUCAGAUUUGGGAUGUUUGAGUUCCUCAGUAAUAAAAUGCGCGAUGAAAAUGGUAAACUAGACAGCAAGCGAGGAUUCCUCUGUGGCCUGGGGGCCGGAGUGGCGGAGGCUGUGGUCGUAGUCUGUCCUAUGGAGACAGUUAAGGUCAAAUUCAUCCAUGAUCAGACGUCAGCAAACCCAAAGUACAAGGGAUUUUUCCAUGGGGUGAGGGAGAUUGUUAGGACUGAAGGACUGAAGGGGACUUACCAAGGCCUAACAGCCACCGUGCUGAAACAAGGCUCCAACCAGGCCAUCCGCUUCUAUGUCAUGACUUCACUGAGGAACUGGUACAAAGGUGAUGACCCCAACAAAGCCAUUAACCCUAUGAUAACUGGACUGUUUGGAGCUGUUGCUGGUGCUGUCAGUGUGUUUGGAAACACUCCUCUGGAUGUCAUUAAGACCAGAAUGCAGGGUCUCGAAGCUCACAAGUACAAAAGCACGGUGGACUGUGCCGUCAAGAUCAUGAAGCAUGAGGGACCAAUGGCGUUCUACAAAGGUACCGUUCCUCGGCUGGGUCGGGUAUGUAUGGACGUGGCCAUAGUCUUCAUUAUCUAUGAGGAAGUUGUGAAGGUCCUGAACAUAGUUUGGAAGACGGACUGAAAUGGACACCCCAGUGCUACACAAGCAGGAGUGUUGGGACAAUGCCAUUCACAUUAUUAACCAGGCCAAGUCCCAAACCAAUCUCCGUAAACCCUGCUUCUAGGUUCUAAUAUCUACCUCUAAGUGAUUUUCAGAAAGAAGGAAAGGGAUCGGUAUGUUCUUGAUUUUAUUUGUAACACAGCUAUUACAAGUGGAAGCGUUAUCUGCAUGAAAAAAAGCUCCAGAUUGCAGUCACUGCUGUGAUUGCACACUUGCUGUUUUCUCUUUAAUUCCAGACGGGGGAAGUUCCUUAAGAGCUCAGGGAAAGGAAUGGGGCAUUUAUUUGGAUCCGAUUGACUAAAGAAAUAGUAACACUAUCAGCACAGAGAAGUGUGUCUCACCUACUGCGCUUUGAGUUCAGUUAUACUAAUGCUGUAUGUACUUAAUCAAAGAGAAACCAAUGCCCGACCCAACAUAAUGUGAUUUACACUGUAGGCAAAUAAAUUAUACUUGAAAUGAGAGAUUAUACCAGAGCGCAAACAUUUUAAAGCCCUUUUUAUAUGCAAGUAUAUAGAUUUUUUUUUUUCUUUCUUAGCAAGACUUAAACCAUUAUUUCAAUCAGUACCUGAUGAAAUAAUUUACAUUCAGAUGUCACAUGCUGCAGAGGCUACAGGUACAUUAACAAAUAAAUGCCUUAAAUCGUGAUUGUCAAUUAAAUUAAUCAGGAUUGUAGGAUCCAUAGAGAUGCAGUUUUAAGUUGUAAUUAUCUUGCAUAUGUACAUGCAAAUUUCCACAAAACGGUAGUUGAGGUGGUGUAAAGAGGGUUCACUUUUGAGUUGCAGAGAUGUUUUAAAUCAGUUAACUUACUAGAUUGAUGCUCUAAAAAAGUGCCUAAUGUAUUUUAUGAUUCAUUUUGAGAUCUUUUGAGAUUGAGAAUGAAUGAAUGUUGUAUGUACUUAGUCACUACAGAUUUUUUAACAAUGUACUUAGUUGCACAUACUGCAGUGGUGCCAUAUAUUUAAUUCCAGGCAUUUUCUGAGGUUAUUUCUGAGAUGUUCAUAUCUUCUCAAUUCAUCAUGACUGUUAGUGUUUUGAGGAAUUUUUGCUUUUUAAAUGUUAAAUUGCCUUUAUUGCAUAGACAUGCCUGUUUUGAAAUGCCAUUAAUAGUGCCUUCCAUAUCAUUCCACGGAGGACGAGUGGUUUAGGAUAGCUUUUACUGCAGGUUUUCAGAUUCUGUUUAAUUUUGAACUAUGUAACAUUAAUUGCCUUUUACUUUUUACACCAACUGAUGACCCAAUGUGCCAACUGCUGCUCAUAUAUAUUAAUGACAUAUUAUAGACUGGAGUUUGUAGCUUGAGAGUCUGGCAUGUUUACAUGCAAUGCAUUUAACUCUUUUACAAAUGUUUACUUUGAGCUACCUUUAUCAGCUUCAACCUAACCUUGCAUACAUGUAGACUCACUGUUAUGUCAUAGCUAUUUAAAUAUCUUUUGGAGUUUUCAUAUUAACACAUGAAUAAUUUCCAGUAGUUAACACCAAGUAUUGUGCCUUCAGUCUAAUAAAUUUAAUAUGUAUGCUCACAAAUAAACAUUGGAUCACACUGUUAA